AUGAAGCUCGAGGAAGGAACCGAUAACAUUGCCCUGAACGAAACCGAUUACCGGACCGUCCGAUCAACAAUCGGAACAAAACAAAUACAAUCCAAGAUGUUGUUGGAGCUUCUUACCAUUGAUAAGCCUUGCGCUGAAGUGGUUAUCGCGUCUUGGAAGGAAAUGGUCGCGACGACCGCGUCCCGUGAUAAAUCUUGCAUCUUCGACACUAUCGAGGAUUACGUGGAUUAUCGGAUCAUUGACACCGGUGCUCCCUUUGUUGACACCGUCAUUCGCUUUGGAAUGGGCUUCGUCUUGACCAAGGAAGAAGAGAAACGGACUGCCCCGGUAGUGAAACCAUGCUUCGCGGCCCUUGGUUUGGCUAAUGACUACUACUCCUUUGACAUUGAAUGGAAGGAGUUCCAAGAAGAGAAGAACUCCGGCGAGAAACCCACUAUGACGAACGCUGUAUGGUUAUAUAUGCAGUGGGAAAAUCUUCUCAUUGACGACGCGAAGGAGAGAGUUCGACGGGUCGUCCGCAACUAUGAGAGCGAUUAUCAGAAGCAGAUGAAUGAUUUCAUCGCAGAUAAAGAACAAUGCUCUCCCAAAUUGCGCAAGUACUUGCAAGCUUUGGCAUUUCAAAUUCCGGGCAAUAUUGUCUGGAGCCUCCGGUGUCCUCGAUACCAUCCCGAGCUCUGUGCAGAAGGAGAAGCUUUGUUGCAGAGCGGUGCCGAUGAGAAAAGAAAUACACAGACUGAGCAGAAUAUGUGUGACCCUCUUGAAGCCCCAGAGCCAUUGAUGCAAGAAGACUCGGACUCCGAUUCCAGCAACCCUUCAUCUGUUAGCUCCCCCAAGUCACAUCCUUCAAGCAGAUCUUCAGUGGGGUCAUUGGACGGUCUCGAUGAUGACCAUGAAGACGUAAAACCCGCAUAUCUGGGCACUGAGCUUCUCCUUGCUCCAUUCGAAUACAUCAGCUCUCUUCCUUCAAAGGGUGUCCGUGAAGUCCUUAUUGACGCGUUGAAUGUUUGGAUGGGUCUUCCUGAUCGCAAUGUAAAGACGAUAAAAUCAAUAGCGCAGAAGCUACACAGCUCAUCUCUCAUGCUGGAUGAUAUCGAAGACUCUUCACCUCUUCGGCGCGGCAACCCUGCAACCCACACAGUUUUCGGUCCCGCAUCGACUAUCAACUGCGCGAACUACAUGCUCAUAGACGUCAUGGAUGAGGUUCGCCAGUUUGGUGGUCCUCAAUGCAUGUCAAUCCUCAUUGAGGAACUUCGAAAGUUCGAAUGUCCCUCUGAAGAGGACUGGAAAUGUGUGCCUCUUCGUCCCAUGAUAGGUAAUUCUUCCUCCUUUCUGAAGCGCGACAUGGCACAGAUAAAUUUGUCUAGCGCUAUUGAUUCGGAAUUCAUGUCGCUUCUUGGAAAGUACUUCCAAGUCCGUGAUGACUACAUGAAUCUAAUGGAUAAUGAGUAUACGAGCGAAAAAGGAUUCUGCGAGGAUCUAGAUGAAGGGAAAUUCUCGUUCCCCCUUGUUCAUGCUUGGAAUUCGCAACCACCAGACUUGAUACUGCGCGGGAUACUCCAGGAGAGAAAGGCAUCCGGAUCAUUGUCCGUCCCCCACAAGAAGAUUGUCUUAGAUCGUUUGCGCCAUGCAGGCAGCAUGGAACAUACCUUGAAGACGCUGAAAGGGCUUGAAUCCGAUAUCUACAAUGCUCAA